CUCGGCCAGGGGAGAAAGCUGCGACCCAGGCGCUGAGCCGCCCCCGCCGCUCAAACGCCAGGCAUUAAGUUAUCGUCCGCGCUGCGGAGAGGACGAGAGGGCCAGUUCCCGGCGGGGUCCACGGCGGCGCGGACGUAAGCCAGUUACUCCCUGUCUCCAGCCCUAUGACUAUCCAUCACUGUUUCUGCACUGCAGUCAGAGCAUCCUUCUGCAUCAUUGCAUCAGAUCUUCAUCACCUUUUACAUCUCAUCGUUCCACUCCGCAGUGCCGAAUGCCCUCCACAGUGUUGCACCAACUUACACUCCCUCCAGGAAUACCUGAGGACGCAUAUUUCCCCACACUGUUGCCAUUACAGAAAGAAAGCCAUGUGGAUAGUUGAGAUCUUCUAUGAAGAAAGGAAAAGAGGAGAGGACCCAGACCCAAAGCCUAAAGAAAAUCAACAUUUAGAAUUUGGAUUGUGGAGGAAGGACCAACAAAAUGUGAGAAGCAGCUUAUGGGAUCUUAGUUGCCUGACCAGGGAUUGAACCCAGGCUCUCAGCAGUGAAAGCACAUAGUCCUAACCACUGAACCACCAGGGAAUUCCCAACAAGGCAUCACAUUCUUACACAGCCACCAAAGACAGGAGGAAGUUUGCCCUCCCAUCUCUUGAUGAGGUCCAAGGUUAGCCAAGGAUGGCUGCAGCUUCAUAUGAUCAGUUGUUAAAGCAAGUUGAGGCACUGAAGAUGGAGAACUCAAAUCUUCGACAAGAGCUAGAAGAUAAUUCCAAUCAUCUUACAAAACUGGAAACUGAGGCAUCUAAUAUGAAGGAAGUACUUAAACAACUACAAGGAAGUAUUGAAGAUGAAGCUAUGGCUUCUUCUGGACAGAUUGAUUUAUUAGAGCGUCUUAAAGAACUUAACUUAGAUAGCAGUAAUUUCCUUGGAGUGAAACUACGGUCAAAAAUGUCCCUCCGUUCUUACGGAAGCCGAGAAGGAUCUGUAUCUAGUCGUUCAGGAGAGUGCAGCCCUGUUCCUAUGGGUUCAUUUCCAAGAAGAGGGUUUGUAAAUGGAAGCAGAGAAAAUACCGGUUAUUUAGAAGAACUUGAAAAAGAGAGAUCAUUGCUUCUUGCUGACCUUGACAAAGAAGAAAAGGAAAAAGACUGGUAUUAUGCUCAACUUCAGAAUCUCACUAAAAGAAUAGAUAGUCUUCCUUUAACUGAAAAUUUUUCCUUACAGACAGAUAUGACCAGAAGGCAAUUGGAAUAUGAAGCGAGGCAAAUUAGAGUUGCAAUGGAAGAACAACUAGGUACUUGCCAGGAUAUGGAAAAACGAGCACAGCGAAGAAUAACCAGAAUUCAACAAAUAGAGAAGGACAUACUUCGUAUACGACAGCUUUUACAGUCCCAAGCGACAGAAGCAGAGAGGUCAUCUCAGAGCAAGCAUGAAGCCGGCUCACAUGAAGCUGAGCGGCAGAAUGAAGGUCAAGGAGUGGCAGAAGUCAACAUGGCAACUUCGGGUAGCGUUCAGGGUUCAACUGCACGAAUAGAUCAUGAAACAGCCAGUGUUUUGAGUUCUAGUAGCACACAUUCUGCUCCUCGAAGGCUGACGAGUCAUCUGGGAACCAAGGUGGAAAUGGUGUAUUCAUUGUUGUCAAUGCUUGGUACUCAUGAUAAGGAUGAUAUGUCACGAACUUUGCUAGCUAUGUCUAGCUCCCAAGACAGCUGUAUAUCCAUGCGACAGUCUGGAUGUCUUCCUCUCCUCAUCCAGCUUUUACAUGGCAAUGACAAAGACUCUGUGUUGUUGGGAAAUUCCCGGGGCAGUAAAGAGGCUCGGGCCAGGGCCAGUGCAGCACUUCACAACAUCAUUCACUCACAGCCUGAUGACAAGAGAGGCAGGCGUGAAAUCCGAGUCCUUCAUCUUUUGGAACAGAUACGAGCUUACUGUGAAACCUGUUGGGAGUGGCAGGAAGCCCAUGAACAAGGCAUGGACCAGGACAAAAAUCCAAUGCCGGCUCCUGUUGAACAUCAGAUCUGUCCUGCUGUGUGUGUUCUAAUGAAACUUUCAUUUGAUGAAGAGCAUAGACAUGCAAUGAAUGAACUUGGUAGGAAGGCUACCCGGGGCAUUUCAUCACAGGAGCUAGGGCAGGGGCUUUCAGACUUUUGUAUUUUUCCUCUUGCCUUUUUUAAAUUAGGGGGACUGCAGGCCAUUGCAGAAUUAUUGCAAGUGGACUGUGAAAUGUAUGGGCUUACUAAUGACCACUACAGUAUUACUUUAAGACGAUAUGCAGGAAUGGCUUUGACAAACUUGACUUUUGGAGAUGUAGCCAACAAGGCUACACUAUGCUCUAUGAAAGGCUGCAUGAGAGCACUUGUGGCCCAACUAAAAUCUGAAAGUGAGGACUUACAGCAGGUUAUUGCAAGUGUUUUAAGGAACCUGUCUUGGAGAGCAGAUGUGAAUAGUAAAAAGACUUUGCGUGAAGUUGGAAGUGUGAAAGCAUUGAUGGAAUGUGCUUUGGAAGUGAAAAAGGAAUCAACCCUCAAAAGCGUAUUGAGUGCCUUAUGGAAUUUGUCAGCACAUUGCACUGAGAAUAAAGCUGAUAUAUGUGCCGUAGAUGGUGCUCUUGCAUUUUUGGUUGGCACUCUCACUUACCGGAGCCAGACAAAUACUUUAGCCAUUAUUGAAAGUGGAGGUGGGAUAUUACGGAAUGUGUCCAGCUUGAUAGCUACAAAUGAGGACCACAGGCAAAUCCUGAGAGAGAAUAAUUGCUUACAAACAUUAUUACAACACUUGAAAUCUCACAGUUUGACAAUAGUUAGUAACGCAUGCGGAACCUUGUGGAAUCUCUCAGCAAGAAAUCCUAAAGACCAGGAAGCAUUAUGGGACAUGGGAGCAGUCAGCAUGCUGAAGAACCUCAUUCACUCCAAACACAAGAUGAUCGCUAUGGGAAGUGCUGCAGCUUUAAGGAAUCUCAUGGCAAAUAGACCUGCAAAGUAUAAGGAUGCCAAUAUUAUGUCUCCUGGUUCAAGCUUGCCUUCUCUUCAUGUCAGGAAACAAAAAGCCCUAGAAGCAGAAUUAGAUGCUCAGCAUUUAUCAGAAACUUUUGACAAUAUUGACAAUUUAAGUCCCAAGGCGUCUCACCGUAGUAAGCAGAGACACAAGCAAAAUCUCUAUGGUGACUAUGUUUUUGACACCAAUCGACAUGAUGAUAAUAGGUCAGACAAUUUUAAUACUGGAAACAUGACUGUCCUGUCACCGUAUUUGAAUACUACAGUGUUGCCCAGCUCCUCUUCAUCAAGGGGAAGUUUAGAUAGUUCUCGUUCUGAGAAAGAUAGAAGUUUGGAGAGAGAACGAGGUAUUAGCCUAGGCAACUACCACCCAGCAACAGAAAAUCCAGGAACCUCUUCAAAGCGAGGUUUGCAGAUUUCUACCACUGCAGCCCAGAUUGCCAAAGUCAUGGAAGAAGUAUCAGCCAUUCAUACGUCCCAGGAAGACAGAAGUUCUGGGUCUACCACGGAAUUACACUGUGGGACAGAUGAGAGGAAUGCACUAAGAAGAAGCUCCACCGCCCACACACAUGCAAACACUUACAACUUCACCAAAUCAGAAAACUCAAAUAGGACAUGUCCAAUGCCAUAUGCCAAAGUAGAAUAUAAGAGAUCUUCAAAUGAUAGUUUAAAUAGUGUCAGCAGUAGUGAUGGUUAUGGUAAAAGAGGUCAAAUGAAACCUUCCAUUGAAUCCUAUUCUGAAGAUGAUGAAAGUAAAUUUUGCAGCUAUGGUCAGUAUCCAGCUGACCUAGCUCAUAAAAUACACAGUGCAAAUCAUAUGGAUGAUAAUGAUGGAGAACUAGAUACCCCAAUAAAUUAUAGUCUUAAAUAUUCCGAUGAACAGUUGAACUCUGGAAGGCAAAGUCCUUCACAGAAUGAAAGAUGGGCAAGACCCAAACAUAUAAUAGAAGAUGAAAUAAAACAAAAUGAGCAAAGACAAUCAAGGAGUCAAAGCACAACUUAUCCUGUAUAUCCUGAGAGUGCUGAUGAUAAACACCUCAAGUUCCAGCCACACUUUGGACAACAAGAGUGUGUUUCCCCAUAUAGGUCAAGAGCAGCCAAUGGUUCAGAAACAAACCGAGUAGGUUCUAAUCAUGGAAUUAAUCAAAAUGUAAACCAGUCCUUGUGUCAGGAAGAUGACUAUGAAGAUGAUAAGCCAACCAAUUAUAGUGAACGUUACUCUGAGGAAGAGCAACAUGAGGAAGAAGAGAGACCAACCAAUUAUAGCAUAAAAUAUAAUGAAGAAAAACAUCACGUGGAUCAGCCUAUUGAUUAUAGUUUAAAAUACACCACAGACAUUCCUUCUUCACAGAAACCAGCAUUUUCAUUCUCAAAGAAUUCAUCUGGACAAAGCACUAAAACUGAACACAUCUCUUCAAGCAGCGAGAAUACAUCCACACCUUCAUCUAAUGCCAAGAGGCAGAAUCAGCUCCAUCCAAGUUCAGCACAAAGCAGAAGCGGUCAGACCCAAAAAGCCACCUCUUCCUCUUGCAAAGUUUCCUCUAUCAACCAAGAAACAAUACAGACUUACUGUGUAGAAGAUACCCCAAUAUGUUUCUCAAGGUGUAGUUCGUUAUCAUCUUUGUCAUCAGCUGAAGAUGAAAUAGGGUGUGAUCAGACAACACAAGAAACAGAUUCUGCUAAUACUCUACAAAUAGCAGAAAUAAAAGAAAACAAUGGAACCAGAUCAACUGACGAUUCUGUGAGCGAAGUUCCAGCAGUGUCACAGCACAUUAGAACCAAAUCCAGCAGACUCCAGGCUUCUGGUUUAUCAUCAGAAUCAACCAGGCACAAAGCUGUUGAGUUUUCUUCAGGGGCCAAAUCUCCAUCAAAGAGUGGUGCUCAGACACCUAAAAGUCCACCAGAGCACUACGUUCAGGAGACUCCACUCAUGUUUAGUAGAUGUACUUCUGUCAGUUCACUGGAUAGUUUUGAGAGUCGCUCAAUUGCCAGCUCCGUUCAGAGUGAACCCUGCAGUGGAAUGGUGAGUGGCAUCAUAAGCCCCAGUGACCUUCCAGAUAGCCCUGGACAAACCAUGCCACCAAGCAGAAGUAAAACCCCUCCUCCCCCUCCUCCUCAAACAGUUCAGACUAAGCAAGAAGUACCUAAAACCAAAGCACCUAGUGCUGAAAAGAGAGAAAGUGGACCUAAGCAAGCUGCUGUAAAUGCUGCAGUACAGAGGGUCCAGGUUCUUCCAGAUGCUGAUACUUUGUUACAUUUUGCCACAGAAAGUACUCCUGAUGGAUUUUCUUGUUCAUCUAGCCUGAGUGCUCUGAGUCUUGAUGAGCCAUUUAUUCAGAAAGAUGUGGAAUUAAGAAUAAUGCCUCCAGUUCAGGAAAAUGAUAAUGGGAAUGAAACAGAAAAUGAGCAGCCUGAGGAAUCAAAUGAAAACCAGGAAAAAGAGGCAGAAAAACCCACUGAUUCUGAAAAAGAUCUAUUAGAUGAUUCAGAUGAUGAUGAUAUUGAAAUACUAGAAGAGUGUAUUAUUUCUGCCAUGCCAACAAAAUCUUCACGCAAAGCCAAAAAGCCAGCCCAGACUUCUUCAAAGUUACCUCCACCUGUGGCAAGGAAACCAAGUCAACUGCCUGUGUACAAACUGCUGCCAUCACAAAACAGAUUACAAGCACAAAAGCAUGUUAGUUUUACACCAGGAGAUGAUAUGCCUCGGGUGUAUUGUGUAGAAGGGACACCUAUAAACUUUUCCACAGCUACAUCUCUAAGUGAUCUAACGAUAGAAUCCCCUCCAAAUGAGUUAGCUGCUGGAGAAGGGGUUAGAGCAGGGACACAGUCAGGUGAAUUUGAAAAACGAGAUACCAUUCCUACAGAAGGCAGAAGUACAGAUGAGGCUCAAAGAGGGAAAACCUCAUCUGUAAUUGCACCUGAACUGGAUGACAGUAAAACAGAAGAAGGUGAUAUUCUUGCAGAAUGCAUUAACUCUGCUAUGCCCAAAGGAAAAAGUCACAAGCCUUUCCGUGUGAAAAAGAUAAUGGACCAGGUCCAACAAGCAUCUGUGUCUUCAUCUGGAACUAACAAAAAUCAAUUAGAGGGUAAGAAAAAGAAACCAACUUCACCAGUAAAACCUAUACCACAAAAUACUGAAUACAGGACACGUGUAAGAAAAAAUACAGACUCAAAAAAUAAUUUAAAUGCUGAAAGAAAUUUCUCAGACAACAAAGAUUCGAAGAAACAGAACUUGAAAAAUAAUUCCAAGGACUUCAAUGAUAAGCUGCCAAAUAAUGAAGAUAGAGUCAGAGGAAGUUUUACUUUUGAUUCACCUCAUCAUUACACACCUAUUGAAGGCACUCCAUACUGUUUUUCACGAAAUGAUUCUUUGAGUUCUCUAGAUUUUGAUGAUGAUGAUGAUGUUGACCUUUCCAGGGAAAAGGCUGAAUUAAGAAAGGGGAAGGAAAAUAAGGAAUCAGAAGCUAAAGUUACCAACCACACAGAACUAACCUCAAACCAACAAUCAGCUAAUAAGACACAAGCUGUUACAAAACAUCCAAUAAAUCGAAGUCAGUCUAAACCUGUGCUACAGAAGCAAUCCACUUUUCCCCAGUCCUCCAAAGAUGUACCAGACAGAGGGGCAGCAACCGAUGAGAAAUUACAGAAUUUUGCUAUUGAAAAUACUCCGGUUUGCUUUUCUCGAAAUUCCUCUCUAAGUUCUCUUAGUGACAUUGAUCAAGAAAACAAUAACAACAAGGAAAAUGAACCUAUCAAAGAGACAGAACCCCCUGACUCUCAGGGAGAACCAAGUAAACCUCAGGCAUCAGGUUAUGCUCCUAAAUCAUUUCACGUUGAAGAUACUCCUGUUUGUUUCUCAAGAAACAGUUCUCUCAGUUCUCUUAGUAUUGAUUCUGAAGAUGACCUGUUGCAGGAAUGUAUAAGUUCUGCAAUGCCAAAAAAGAAAAAGCCCUCAAGACUCAAGGCUGACAAUGAAAAACAUAGUCCCAGAAAUAUGAGUGGCAUAUUAGCAGAAGACUUGACACUCGAUUUGAAAGACAUACAGAGACCAGAUUCAGAACAUGGUUUAUCCCCUGAUUCAGAAAAUUUUGAUUGGAAAGCUAUUCAGGAAGGUGCAAAUUCCAUAGUAAGUAGUUUACAUCAAGCUGCUGCCGCUGCAUGUUUAUCUAGGCAGGCUUCAUCUGAUUCAGAUUCCAUCCUUUCACUGAAAUCAGGAAUCUCUCUGGGAUCACCUUUUCAUCUUACACCUGAUCAAGAGGAAAAGCCCUUUACAAGUAAUAAAGGCCCACGAAUUCUAAAACCUGGGGAGAAAAGUACAUUGGAAACUAAAAAAAUAGAAUCUGAAAAUAAAGGAAUAAAAGGAGGGAAAAAAGUUUAUAAAAGUUUGAUUACUGGAAAAGUUAGAUCUAAUUCAGAAGUUUCAAGCCAAAUGAAACAACCCCUUCAAACAAACAUGCCUUCAAUCUCUCGAGGUAGGACAAUGAUUCAUAUUCCAGGAGUUCGGAAUAGCUCUUCAAGUACAAGUCCGGUUUCUAAAAAAGGCCCACCCUUUAAGACUCCAGCCUCCAAAAGCCCUAAUGAAGGUCAGUCGGCUACCACUUCUCCCAGAGGAGCCAAGCCAUCAGUGAAGUCAGAAUUAAGCCCUGUUACGAGGCAGGCAUCCCAGACAGCUGGGUCAAAUAAAGGGCCUUCUAGAUCAGGAUCUAGAGAUUCCACUCCUUCCAGACCUGCCCAGCAACCAUUAAGUAGACCUAUGCAGUCUCCAGGGCGAAACUCAAUUUCUCCUGGUAGAAAUGGAAUAAGUCCUCCUAACAAGUUAUCUCAGCUGCCAAGGACGUCAUCCCCUAGUACUGCUUCAACUAAGUCCUCGGGUUCUGGGAAAAUGUCUUACACAUCUCCUGGCAGACAGAUGAGCCAACAGAACCUCACCAAACAAACAGGUUUAUCCAAGAAUAGCAGUAGUAUCCCAAGAAGUGAAUCUGCUUCCAAAGGGCUAAAUCAAAUGAGUAAUAGCAAUGGAUCCAAUAAAAAGGUAGAACUGUCUAGAAUGUCUUCAACUAAAUCAAGUGGAAGUGAAUCUGAUAGGUCAGAGAGACCUGUAUUAGUACGCCAGUCAACUUUCAUCAAAGAAGCUCCAAGCCCAACCCUAAGGAGAAAAUUGGAGGAAUCUGCUUCAUUUGAAUCUCUUUCUCCAUCUUCUAGACCAGAUUCUCCAACUAGGUCCCAGGCACAGACUCCAGUUUUAAGUCCUUCCCUUCCUGAUAUGUCUCUGUCUACACAUUCAUCUGUUCAGGCUGGUGGAUGGCGAAAACUCCCACCUAAUCUCAGUCCCACCAUAGAGUAUAAUGAUGGAAGACCAGUUAAGCGCCAUGAUAUAGCACGCUCUCAUUCUGAAAGUCCUUCCAGGCUUCCCAUCAAUAGGUCAGGAACCUGGAAACGUGAGCACAGCAAACACUCAUCAUCCCUUCCUCGAGUAAGCACUUGGAGAAGAACUGGAAGUUCAUCCUCAAUUCUUUCUGCUUCAUCAGAAUCUAGUGAAAAAGCAAAAAGUGAGGAUGAAAAACAGGUGAACUCUAUAUCAGGAACCAAACAAACUAAAGAAAACCAAGUAUCCACAAAAGGAACAUGGAGAAAAAUAAAAGAAAGUGAGAUUUCUCCCACAAAUAGUACUUCUCAGACCACUUCCUCAGGUGCUGCAAAUGGUGCUGAAUCAAAGACUCUGAUUUAUCAAAUGGCACCUGCUGUUUCUAAAACAGAGGAUGUUUGGGUGAGAAUUGAGGACUGUCCCAUUAACAACCCUAGAUCCGGAAGAUCUCCAACGGGACAUACUCCCCCAGUGAUUGACACUGUUUCAGAAAAGGGAAACCCAAACGCUAAAGAUUCAAAAGAUAAUCAGGGAAAACAAAAUGUGAGCAAUGGUAGUAGUGCUCCUGUACGCACCAUGGGUUUGGAAAACCGCCUGAACUCCUUUAUUCAGGUAGAUGCCCCAGACCAAAAAGGAACUGAGGCAAAACCAGGACAAAGUAAUCCUGUCCCUGCAUCAGAGACUAAUGAAAGUUCUAUAGCUGAGCGUACCCCAUUUAGUUCCAGCAGCUCAAGCAAGCACAGUUCACCGAGUGGGACUGUUGCUGCCAGAGUGAGUCCUUUUAAUUACAACCCAAGCCCACGGAAAAGCAGCGCAGAUAGCACUUCAGCCCGACCAUCUCAGAUCCCAACGCCAGUGAAUAACAACACAAAGAAACGAGAUUCAAAAACUGACAACACAGAAUCCAGUGGAACUCAAAGUCCUAAACGCCAUUCUGGGUCUUACCUUGUGACGUCUGUUUAAAAAAAGCUGGAAUGAUGAAACUAAGAAUGUGUUAUGUGUUAAUUACAACUGCUAUGUAGAAAUUCUGUUUCAAAUGAAACUUUAAAAGACUUAAAAAUUUUGUAAAUAGGUUUGAUUCUUGUUAGAGGGUUUUGUUCUGGAAGCCAUAUUUGAUAGUAUACUUCGUCUUCACUGGUCAUAUUUUGGGAGGCACUCUUGAUAGUUAGGAAGAAAAUGGUAAAGCCAAGUAUAUUUGUACAGUAUGUUUUUCAUGUAUUUAAGUAGCAUCCCAUCCCAUCAUCCUUUAAUUAUUGCUUGUCUUAAAAUAAUGAACACUACAGAUAGAAGAUAUGAUAUAUUGCUGUUACCAAUCGUUUCUAGAUUAUAAACUGACUAAACAUACAUCAGGGAGAAAUUGGUAUUUAUGCAAGAAACCAUUCUGUUUUAGUCCAUGUGAGUCCAUCUAACAUCAUAAUUAAUCAUGUGGCUGUGAAAUUCACAGUAAUAUGGUUCCUGAUGAACAAGUUUACCUAGCCUGCUUUGCUUUACUGCAUGAAUGAAACUGAUGGUUCAAUUUCAGAAGUAAUGAUUAACAGUUCUGUGGUCACAUGAUGUGCAUAUAGCUAGCUACAGUGUAACAACUUACACUAUUUCAGUGCUCAAAACAAAAAAAUCUGUGUAACUGUAAAACAUUGAAUGAAACUAUUUUACCUGAACUAGAUUUUAUCUGAAAGUAGGUAGAAUUUUUGCUAUGCUGUAACUUGUUGUAUAUUCUGGUAUUUGAGGUGAGAUGGCUGCUCUUUUAUUAAUGAGGCAUGAGAAUCGUGUCUCAACAGAAACUAAAUGAACAUUUCAGAAUAAAUUAUUGCUGUAUGUAAA